UUAGUCAAUCCUCUUUGGUUCGCAGCUUCGGAGCAUAUAGAGCUUUCUAACCUGGCCAAGUGGCCUCCCGCCUUUUUUAUCCACUCGAUUGUUGAAUUUUUUAAUAGUGAUAAAGUGCAGAGCUUCCAUUAGUAAUAUGGAAAAUAAUGACAUUGGAAAGAAAUCUAAAAAAUCCAGUAAACGACGAUUACUCGAUGGAAAUGAUAAAGUGAUGAAAAAAUUAAAGAAGAAGGCGAGGUGGGCAUCGUUAUCCAGUGAGAGUGAUAUCGAGAGGAGCCCUUCCCGGUAUUCCGGAAAAUUCCCGGACUGGUUGGAUAUGACGGAUUCGGAGGACCAAUUUGAAAAGCCGAAGGAGAAGAAGAAGAAGAAGAGAAAGAUCGCGAUUUCAGCAGAGGAGGCCGAGGUUUAUACGAAUGAAAAAGGGAAAAAACAUUCGAAGUAUGAUGAGCCGGAAGCUGACGUGAAGCUGGAGAUCUCUCCCAAGAAGAAAAAGAAGCAACCUGUGGAAGUGGCACCUGUUGUGAUUGAGAGAGAUCGUCCCUGUCCUAGAAGAUUCAAGAAGAGUCUCACACCUAUGGAGUUCAAGGAAAAUGGUGACGUCAGCGAUUUUCCUUCAAAGACUGAAGAAAAAAUUUCCAGGAAGACCUCUAAAGAUACUGAAUCGACUGCAGAAGAGCCCAGGAAGGAUGCAGCUUUCAGGAAAAAAGAGAAGAGCCCGAAGAAAGAGCCAAAAGCUCCUACAAACCUGUUUUCAGAGCACGACGAACUUCCCAAUGAUGUAGAAAAAUUUUCAGAAGCCUAUCCUGAGGUACUUGAAAAGCCUGUCGAAGUAACGGCUAAGUCCAGUCCCAAGAAAAAGCAUCCGAAGAAAUUGCCAAAGACCACUGAAAACCUGGCAGAUCACGACGAACUUCCCAAUGAUGCCAACGAAUUUUCUCAGGCUUCUCAUCAGGAAUUUAGAGAACCUGUCGAAGCGACGAUCAAGUCCAGCUCCUCAGAGAGCUCCGCGAAGGCUAGAUCACCCAGUAAGCCCUCCGAGAAGAAUAUCGAAGAGCAGAAACACGAUCCUAGCCAAGCGCACAAGGAGCCUCCUAAAAGACCAGUGAAAAAAAUCACCAAAGUGCCAGCUGCAGAGCUGGUGACUCUCGGUGAGGAGUACAAAAUAAAAAAAGUGAAUGAAAAGCCGUGCAGGGAUUGUAACGAGCCUGUGAAGAUUAAAAUGAAGACGAGAGUGAGAGACAUGGGGACGCAAACGAUAGAAUCAGCUGUGAUGAAUGGAUUGAGGACGAGGGGUCGUCCCAAAGGUCCUCCUAAGGUUAAAAAACAGGAUCCCGUCUCCGUUAAGGAUAGAAUAAUCACCCCCAGGCAACCGACUGAUCAGGACGAGUUUAUCGAUAUGCAUCACAAGCCCAAACCUCUCACUCAAGAGCAGAUCGAGCAACUGAGGAGUAUGACUGUUUCGUUGAAACACCCGGUACCACCACAGCAUGAUGUGGAGGUGACUGCUGGUUGUCGACCACUCACCUCAGAGGAGAAAGAAAAUUUCAAGGCUUUCGAGACACUGAAAAUUGGGGUUUGGCGCGUUGAAGAGGACCGGACCAUCGUGAAGAAUUGGAAAAAAUUCUGCAAGAGACACAGUUGGAAUCCGGACAUAACGGCCCCAUUCACAUCCUGGAGGCACAAAGGGGCCUAUUAUAUUCCCCAGAUGGACGAGAGGAAAAAAUUUCUACAGUUUCUGGCUCAUGGACUCUCUAAUAGAUCUCUUUACAAUGUUUAUAUGCGAUUCAAGAAUUUAUAUAGCACUCACAGAAUUGAAAGGUACUCACCUCUGGAAGAUGCCACUCUCAUGGCUGAGAUUGAGAACAAUCCCAAUUUCGAUAAGACCAAGUAUCUCUCACAACUAGCUGAAAAAUUAAACAGAACUCGACACUCGAUAUGGAGACGUUACCAGAUUUUAAAAAAGAAGGCAGAAGCAGCCGACGACGUUUAGUGUGAUAAUUUUUUCAACACAUUGGUUUUAAAAAUUGUCUAUUUUCAUAGUAAAAUAAUAUUAUCAUGAAUAA